GCACACAUAAAACUAUCAGUUACUUAAAUGUUUUAUUGCAGAUAGAAUCAGCACUGGAAGGUACAGUGUAAUCAGAAUAAAGGAUAUCAGAAAAAGAGAACAAAAAGGAACAGCAAUCAGGUGAUUAAAACAUGAAGAAUACUGAAAAGAAAAUGAAAACUGCCUUAAUGACCUUCCUGCUAAUUGUUGGACCAGUACUAGUAACAGGGACUACUACACCAGAAUUAUCUGAGCCUACAACAAGUGGGAUUGCUACAUCAAAAUUAUCAGAGCCUACAAGUGGGAUUGCUACACCAGAAUUAUCAGAGCCUACAAGUGGGAACACUACAUCAGAAUUAUCACAGCCUACAACAAGUGGGAUUGCUACACCAGAAUUAUCAGAGCCUACAAGUGGGAACACUACAUCAGAAUUAUCACAGCCUACAACAAGUGGGAUUGCUACACCAGAAUUAUCAGAGCCUAUAAGUGGGAACACUACAUCAGAAUUAUCACAUCCUACAACAAGUGGGAUUACUUCACCAGAAUUAUCAGAGCCUAUAAGUGGGAACACUACAUCAGAAUUAUCACAGCCUACAACAAGUGGGAUUACUUCACCAGAAUUGUCAGAGCCUAUAAGUGGGAACACUACAUCAGAAUUAUCACAGCCUACAACAAGUGGGAUUGCUACACCAGAAUUAUCAGAGCCUACAAGUGGGAACACUACAUCAGAAUUAUCACAGCCUACAACAAGUGGGAUUGCUACACCAGAAUUAUCAGAGCCUACAAGUGGGAUUACUACACCAGAAUUAUCAGAGCCUAUAAGUGGGAACACUACAUCAGAAUUAUCACAUCCUACAACAAGUGGGAUUGCUACACCAGAAUUAUCAGAGCCUACAAGUGGGAACACUACAUCAGAAUUAUCACAGCCUACAACAAUUGGGAUUGCUACACCAGAAUUAUCAGAGCCUAUAAGUGGGAACACUACAUCAGAAUUAUCACAGCCUACAACAAGUGGGAUUGCUACACCAGAAUUAUCAGAGCCUACAAGUGGGAACACUACAUCAGAAUUAUCACAGCCUACAACAAGUGGGAUUGCUACACCAGAAUUAUCAGAGCCUACAAGUGGGAACACUACAUCAGAAUUAUCACAGCCUACAACAAGUGGGAUAACGGUCUCAGAGACUGCUGGAACUGUCACAUCACAAGCUAGUGAGCAUAAUAUAACUUCAAUAAGUAAUGCAUCACCAUCUGAAAUGAGCGCAAUUGAAACUACUAAAAGCAUACUAACUUUGGGAAGUACUCCUACUUUAACAGAAAGUAUUGUAACUAAAAUAACAGCAACAGCAGAAAGUGCUUCUGCUGCAGGUACUAAUUCCAAUACUUUAACAGAAUAUACCACAUCCCAUUUUAAAACAGAAACUAACAAAAUGAUUACAUCUUUGGAAAGUAACACAUCUAUUGUACAAGAGCCCACUUCCAGGAUAAAGACAACUGCAGAAAAUACAACAUCACAGCAAACAAGUUUAGGAUUUGGGCUAACAAUAACAUCAAAUGUGUCGACAACAGCACAACAAACAAAUGAAUAUACAACUGAAAGUUCUGGUUCAGUAUCAACAUCAGCUGAGCCCACAAAGGCGCAGCAAACAAAUGAAAACACUGGGACAGAAAUAAUAUCAAAUGUGUCCACAACAACAAAGCAAUCAAGUGACAGUUUUGGAAAUGUGUCCACAGAAACACAGCAAACACUAAGUGUUCCAACACCAGCACAGCAAACAGAUGAAAGUAUUCGGACAGCAACAAGUUCAGAUUUCAACACAACAGUAGAUCAAACAAGAGGAAAUUCUGGGACAGCUGGGACAUUAAAUAUGUCCACUGACUCACAGCAAGCACACACUUUUCCAACAGUGGCAGAGCAUACAAGUGAAAGUCUUGGGACAGCAAUAAGUUCAAAUUUUAUUACAACACAACAAACAACUGAAAGUGCUAUGACAUCAAAUGUACCUACAGCAAAAGACCAAACAAAAGAAAGUACUGGAACAGAAGUGACAGCCAUCAUGUCCACAACUGCACAAGAAACAAGAGAAAGUCUUAUGACAGCGACAUUAUUAACUGUUUCUACAAUAGCUCAACAACCAAAUGGAAGUGCUGGGACAACUGUGACAUCAAAUGUGUCUGCAGAGCCACAGCAAACACAUGAAAGUUUUGGAACAGCAGCAAGUGAGGCAACCAGUGAUAACCCUUCCUCCACAACAAUGGCAUCAACUCAGCAGACUACAGUCACCACUGUAGUUGCAACUGGCUUUAGAGAUUUAACUCUUAGAUUGACCAAUUAUAACUAUGUAAUAGAUCUCGAAAAUAAAAAUUCUUCUUUUUACAUUGAAAUGGAAAAAAGACUUAAUAGCUCGUUAUGGCCAGUAUUCAGAAAGGAUUAUGGUACCAGCUUUUUGAGAAUAGAAGUGCAGAGAUUCAGGAAUGGCUCACUUAUUGUGGAAUCUCUACUUAUAUUUGCAAAUGAAGUAGAAACUCCAUCAAGCACAGACAUUGUCAAGACAGUUUUCAAUAAUGCAGAAGGAGUCAAUAAAACAAUUGGAGAACUUAACUUGGAUGUGUUCAGGAUAAACUCUUCUGGUAUUACUAUCAGCAACCUUGAUCCUGUUAUGGUAAACAUUAGCUUCAUUAUUCAAGAUGACUUCAACUCAUCACUCGUAGACUCAACAACACCAAGUUAUACAGCACUGAGUAAUAACACCAUACCUUGGCUGACUGCUCUGCUUCAAACAGUUUUAAAUGGCACUUUGAUAACACAGCCUAUACUAAAUUUCAGUGACAAUAACCAGUGGAUUCAGACAGAGACCCAGUUUAGCAUAAACACUACAGCAAUUCUGAAUCAAAAUGCAAUACUGGCUGCCAUUGUAAAUAAGACAAACGAUCUAAGCUACAAAAUAAUUAAAACCAGUAUCUCUGUUAAUGGAAAGGCAAUUGCUUUUGAUAAAUUUCCAAUUAUGAUGACGUUAAGGAACAGAACCUUCACAGCCAGUCUUAACAACAAAAGUAGUGAACAGUUCAAGCAGCUGAGUCAGGUUAUUGAAGAUACGACAAGAAUAAUCUUUGCAGGGAAUAGAGUGAUUGAAGCAAUUGUUCCGAAUUACAUAAAUGGGUCAGUCAUUGCCAACAACACUAUAUUUUUCAGUCAAGGAGCCAUGAAUGAAACUACUGUACGACAAAUGUUAGUAGAUAAUGUCAAUCGAUUUUCUGACUUAGAUGUAGAUCCAGCUUCUAUUAUACCAACAGGAGUGACUGUCUCAUUUACACUGAAAGAUACAGUUUAUGAACAAAGUCUAACAGACACCUCCUCACAAUUCUACAAAAAUGUGUCCAUUCAAAUCACCACAUGGCUUCAAGCGGUACUGGCAUUGCAUUAUGGAAAUGCUCUUUUACCGGACCCAGUGGUAAAUUUCAGAAAUGAAAGCCAGCUUGUACAUACCACAGUUCGAUACCAGGUAAAUGCCACUCCAACAGCAAAUGCAUCAGUAGUUCUUUCAUCUCUGCUGCUAAUGAAGGACAACCUGAGCCUGAGCUUCAUUCAGAACAGCCUCAAUGUGAACAAUGUCUCACCUAAUUUUGUCACCAUACUAUUGUCAAUGAGGAUAACAAAUGUGGUUUUCAAUGAGAGCCUUGAUUUCAAAUCAAGCAGUGACUAUAAAAUCUUAACUGGGAGACUAAUAGAUGCAUUGACAACUAUUCUCAGUCAAAAUGAACUUUUUGUUGAGGUAGUCUUGGAUCGUUACAGGGAAGGAUCUGUAUUUGCUAAUUUUACAACAUUUUGGCGUAGAAACAUCUCCUCUGAGGCUGUUCAACAGAAAAUAAUUAACAACCUCAACAUUCUUUUGCAGAAUGGUCUUGAGAUAGACCCCAACUCCAUUAUCGGUAUCAUCUCUACUCCGUCUCCUCCUCAUAGCUCCAUCCCUACCACAACAACACCAGCUGGUCCUGAAUUUAUAUAUGACUCUCGACCUUUCCCCGGAUUUGCAGUUGCAAUUAUUGUUCUCUGUGGAUUAGCCAUUAUUUGUUUCCCAAUUUUAGCUGUUGUGGCUUGGAAGAAGGACGUGUACUCAAAACUGGCUAAAAUAUGUGAACUUAAACCACCCAACAAAGAUAUACACACUAUAAGGUGGCAGUCUCAUGAUUCAUACACAUUUUAGAAACAAGAGGUUUGAAGCAGUGAAGACAGAAACAAAUCUGUUUCCUCUAAAACUUUAACACCAUGAAGAAACAGUGUUGCAGUGCUAUGUAGCGAUUGCAUUAAGAACUUCUCUGGAUCAGUGUUGUUUUAUUGCAUGUGACUCUUUGCUAUAAAGCCAUAAUAGCACAAUGUUCAUCAUAUGUACACUCAGCAUGUUAACAUGCAUGCUAACUUAUGGUGAUCAGAUAUUUGUAUAUUGAAUUUGUUGCCAACUCAUCUGCUUCCAUCCCAAGUGUGACCUGGCAUGAACAUUAAAAGACAUUAUCAAUAAUCCAUAUAUGCAAAGAGCAAUGAAAAAAAAGGAAACAUGACAACAGAAUCUAAAGCCCACAGAACAUUUAGUGGCUAUCGUCUAUUGUAAAAGAUAAAAAUGAGAUUUCAGCUCUUGUAGCCCAAAUCAUUUUGUGAAAUCUGUAAUUAUUCUGUUGUGUACUCUUUGAUAUUCUCUGUCGAAAUAAUGUAUCUUUUUUAUAUGAAAACAUAUUAAAAGUUUUUUAAGGAACCAAGUGGUUGUUGCAAGGUAAUUGAAAACUCUUAUUGCAUACAGGUUGAGAAUUUUGACCCAAGGUUGACUCUAACAUAAAAGAACAUCUUUUUUCACAUUAGCAACAGUUUAGGAAAUUCUAAUUAACUUAAAGUGUUAUCAAUAAACAUGGUCUUGCUUGUGUUGGUCAACUAGUGCUCAGGCGAAACAGCAUUCUCCAAAUUAUCCUUUUAUUUGAAAGUCUUUUCCUGGAACAUGUAUGAGUAAAAUGCUCAAUCAGAUCAAAAUUCACACUUUUUUAGUGUUGUGUCCCAUUCUGCCAUACUGCUCAUGUAGAAUUAACCACAGUAUAUCCGUACUUGCAAAGUAAUUGCAGAAUUAGUGUACCAUGAAUUUAGUAAACUAUUCCCCCACAGUUUAAAACUGCCUACAAAACAUUUGUUCCAUCAUUUUUGCCUGCACUGUUUAUACAGUAGACAUUCUAAAACUGUAAUAGGAUGCAUGUUCUUAUGUGCAUUUAUUAUAAAUAUCUUUUUAUUAAAUAUUUUCAUUACAUUUUGAAAAUACUCAUGUACAUUAAUACAUACCUCUUAAAUCAGUUUUCAAAAUACACAUUGUCAUAAGAAGUGUUAAUUUAUACUAACACACAUAAAUAACCCAAAAUAAAAGAACAGAAAUUAGAAAUGAUUGAAAAUAUAUCUUGCUUUAAGUAGAUUCCGUACUUGAACUUCAAAUUUGUUUGAUACAUAAACACGUCUGGUCUCGAUCAUUUAAAAAGAAGAGCUAUCUAAGUGAUUUUUCUUCAGUUAAGUAGUUUGUAUGAAACUCUGUUCUCCUCCUGUGGAGUAUAAAUAUAUCGUAAUUCUCCAACAUAAUUUACAUAAUGAGCAAAAUGAAGUUGAUUCACAGUUCUAAGCUCCAGACUCAAAUAAAGUUAAGAAAGAAAAAGAAUAAUUUUAAAGAUGUUCCAAGAUUACGCAUAAGGUCUUCAAAAAUAAAUAAAUUAAUUAAAGAAGUAAAUAAAUGUGGUAAUGUCAUUAUACAAAUUUCAACUGUGUAGAUAAUUAUAGGACAGCAUUUGAAUUAAAUGGUUUCUGAUAACUGAUCAAUGUUUUGACCAUCAUAUAUAGUACACUUUAUACUUACUGAUGGAGUAGUUAACAUGCUCUUUGUAUUGGAUUCAACUCUACCUGCUGAAGUAUAUUAUUCUCAGAUACCUACAUGCCACUCUCUGUGUGCCUAUAAUAGUAUAUGCCAUCUUGUAGUGCAAAUGUUGCAGCCAUUUCUUAUGAAAAGGAUAUAGUACAUGGCGUUUUAUACCUUACUGAUUUCCUUCAAAGGAAAGGACAUUCAUUUCUAAAGUUUACAACCUCCUUAGUUAAACUGUUAUGGUUGUUUUACUGAUGCCUUUUGGUGGACCAAUAAUUCACUAAAGAAUUUUUUAGACUUUAUUGCAUGGUAAAAGUUACCUCUAAAAAUGAUGUCCUAUAUCUAAAUGUAGGCAAUGCCCAAGUGCUCAUAUCAAACUUGGAACUAUUUUAAUGGGAAAGUCAGGAAUUCAUAGAGAGCACUUACAUGAUUCAUGGUCAUUUAUCUGAUAUACUAAUGCUAGAGGUUUGAACAAUUAAUUUGCAUGCAUUGUAUCAACAUAAACUCUGUUCAGUUCCUUAUUGGAUUUCUCGGAAAGAGGAUGAUAAGCAAAACGUAUAUGGGUGUCAUUUAUAUUAACGGUGUAUAGAUCUGAAAGAUUCCAUCAUUCCUCUUUAGUUUUACCUAAUUCUAAUUUCCUUCAUAUCCAUUUAGACUAAUUCUCAUUUCAUUUGCAUAGACAGCAUGUCUGGCUGUGAGAAACCGAAUUUCAUCACAGUAUUACUCUGGAAACAACGGCUGACCUCAAACUCCUUUAUUUUAUUAAACUUUGAAAUAAUUUCCACCAUCCCUUUACCCAUCUUAUGCAGUGCGGACAUUUUUAAUACUAUAUGUUGUCUCAAAUUUGCAUUAGCUUUUAGACCAUAUUAAAUUUCUUUCUUUCUUUGAGUAAGCUCUACUCUUGUUUAUUUCACAAUCAGUUCUGUCCAUUAAUUAUAGGCCUUUUCAUCCAUGACAUCUUUAAUAUCUGCUAGAAACCAGCAGCAAUAAAAUAUAUUACAUUGUAUAUCUCAUGAAUAAAUGAAAGACCAUUUUUGCACCUAACACCUUAUCAACUAAAGAUGCUCUAAUGAUUUACCUGCAACAUUAUUUACGUUAUAAAUUAUCAAUUUUUAUACAUGUAUAAUAUGUAUUAUUAAAUGUGUUAUUCAAGCAGACUAACAUAAUAAUUAAUUCUAUAAGUACAUAGCAACCACUCUGUGUCAGGCAAAAUAAUUAUAUUGAAUCUAAGAAUUAUAAAAUGGUUAACUAUAUGGAGGAAAGCAAACAUUCAGUAAAGCAUACACAACAGACCUAACAUAAGUUUUUCCUUAUCUCAGAAAAUAAGAAAUGUAGGCCAAGGUUUCUUAAAUAGAAAUGCCACUCAGAUCACCAUAAUCAUUGAAAAUAUGGUACAUAUUUAUGUUUUCAGUUUGCAUAAAAAAAAAAAACAAGAAGGAAAUAAGUCUGUUUUACAAAAAUGUCAGAAAAGAAGACCUGCCGAUUGUCUUCUUAUACUUUUCAUGUAUAUGGGUAUAAUGAUUAAAGGGUCUAUGUAUCCUGGGAAACAAUCAUUUAAAAUACCUGUUUUGGGAUAUAGUUUUCAAAUUUCAAAAAUGAUUAAAGCAAAAAUUCUACUAAGAGCUCAAUGUACACACUAGUGAACAAUUGAUAAAGCUAUACUUGUUUGUACACAAAUGCUGGGAAGCAACUUACAGACAACAGGCUCAUCUUGGCCUAAAAGAAAUUAAAACCCACACAUCAGUUUUGCUUAAUAAAAGUCAAUAUUACUAUAAAUAUAUACUUAGGCAUACAGGUUAUAGAAAACAAUAUGCAUACCUCUCAACUGUCCAGGUUUUUGCAGAAUGUCCAGAUUUUUGCCUCAUAUUUUUGGACUGUUCCUCUUAAAAUUGGGGUUUUUCUGGCAAAUCAGUAAAGACUGAAUUCACUAAAUAAGAACAGACAUUUCAGUUGUAGACUUCAUAUCCUUCAAAAUAUGCAUGGUAAAGCAAAACCUUUUAUUCUAGCAACUUUCUAAGUUUAUAAGAACAAUAUUUAAAAUUGGUCCAUAUUUUUGGGUCUUUGUCUCCUGUUAUUUUUGGCUUUGUCUAGAUUUCUUGUGCUGAGAGGUUGAGAGGUAUGACAAUAUGUCAGAGAAUGAACUCAAAGAUUUGACCUUGUUUGCCUUUAUUAGACUUGUAUUACAUUAUCACAUAAAGAAAAGCAACACAUUGGAUGUGACUCAAAUAGAUAUAUAAAGUUUGAACUUUCUGAUUAGCCAGUCGCAUAACAGCAAGUGUUAAAAUCCAUACCUUCUAUUUGUCAUUUCCAAUGCCAUAAAUACAUAAGGAUUCCCAUCUCCUUUAUUAUACCUUUUAAAUUUUAGCCGACAGUGUCAGGUAUUUUACUGCCAAAACAGAAUGAAUGCAACCUUCUUUUUCUGCCUUCCUCUGAAGAUCCUGGAAAGAAAGCUUUCCAUUGUAACUAAUCUUAAAAAAGCCUUCUGAUUGUGAAGGGAAAAAAAAUCCAUGUGUCCCAAGUACUGCUUCACAAAGAAGUGGAAUUAUCAGGUUACCAGCAACAUGUUCUCUCCCUGGAUGUCAUAGGUAAGUACUAGGCUGGCUGCCUUUGGGGGCCAUUUUAAGCCUAACCAAUUUCCUUUGGUGAGAAUCAAACCAUGUACUUCUUGCUGUGAAGUAACCACCUUAACCAUUAUGCCAUCCCCAAUUUAAGAUUAAUAUAAUUUAGUCAAACAAGAGCAUAGAGAAAUUUACAAUCAUCAAACUUAUAUAGCUAAAUUAUAAUUGCAAAAAUCAAAAUAAAAGCAAACUAGCAACUUGUAAAUCUGUCUCAUGCUGCACUAAUAGAAGAUGAAAUCCAAAAUAUUUAAAAAAACAUUUAUUCAUUUAGGUUGCUGAUGAUGCAAGUAUAGUUACUUUAUCCUAUACAAAGUGCAGUUUAUAUUAUUUAUAACAUACUAAGCAAUGACAAGUGUAAAUUACAAAUUAAAAUUCUUAGUAUUUAACUAUAACUGAAAUUCAGUAUCAUUUAACUCCUAUUGUUAUGUUUUAAUCAAUAUGAGGAACAUAUUGACACCGGCAUAUCGGAACUAAAUUUACUGUUGUUACUGUGUGAAUCCACUUACAAAUUUUUACUGAAUAUUGUAGGAAUUAUGUCAUAUUUAGUAUGUUAAAAAGAAUUAUUAUAAUGUAAAGCAUUCAAUAAAUUAAAAUUUGUGAUAAACCCUUAUGACUAAACAAUCCAUGAAAGACCUGUGUAUAAUGAUGGGAUAAGCUUGCGUGAUACAAAAAGCUAUACAAUACUUAUCACCAAUAUUUUUUUUACAAUUUUUGAUAGCUCAGCUGUAUAUGACAGCAGUUGAACUCAUUUUAAUAGAUUAGAAUUGAUUGCUGAUCUAAUAUGAUCGACAGUAUUCACUGUGGUAGUUGUAUCAAAUGCACACAGUUUUAUUAAAUUUACUGAAACUGGUAAACUGUUUUCAAAUGUGGUAAAACUAUGUUCAAACUAUAUUCAUAUGUUUCCACAUAUUAUUAUGCCUUCAUAUAAAAUUGUCUUUUUUCAUCACAUUGAGAUAGUGUUCAUUACUUGUUUUGAAUCCCAUUGUUUGCAAUGUUAGUGUUUGACAAAAUAUUAUUUAUCAUAUUGUACUGUUUCUCUUUGUUGAGCCUUCUGAACAAAUGGGUUGCUGCUUCUUUUGUGUAUAAUUUAGUAAACAGCAUUAGUUUGUCGCAUAACUUAUUAAACCAGACCAUUCAUUGUCAUGUUUAUAUAUGUUUGUUAAUGUUCUUCUGUACUCUGAGUUUACUGCAGUUCAAGAAGGAUCAGUUUCUUCUCAGAAAUGUAACAAAGGUUUUUGAUAUUUUCACUGUAAGAAAUAAUCUACCAUGAAGAAUACAUUUUAUGGGUUUAUUGAAAUGAGACAGUUGAAUCUCAUUUCAUUGACAUACCGCUACCUUAAAAAGAAGAUGAUCCUUUAUUUUAUUUAUUUGCAAAACUUCUCUCUGCAUACUUCAACAAAUGAAGGGUUUUUAAAUUGUAAUGUUCAGACUAUACAUAUUAAGUAAUAUGUCACAUUUAAAAAAAUUAGACAAUUAAAUGUUUUUAGCAUAGAAUACGAAAAAUGUUAAGUGACUGUGUACUAUGUAUCUAAGGACUGAUGGUAUGUAAAUAAUAUUGUAAUCUGCUUUCAUAGAAAAUUGUACAAGGGAAAUGUUUUAUUUUUGUAAAUAAAUAUCAAAUACUAGA